UUCCAUACCAUGCUCUACUAUCAAGCAGUGAUGUGGAUAGUUAUGAUGAAGUGACACAAAACCUUAACACAAGUGCACGUGUCUUAGGAUGGAAAGAAUUCGAUAUCAAGAAAUGAUAAUAUUGAUAGCAAUAGCUGUUAUCGUAACUCGCGUGUCAAGUGUAAAAAUCACUCGUCUGACUAUGCCAAGAUGGGUAGAAAAUGGUACAGAAGAAUCAGUUGUAUUGGACUGUGAGUACGAUCUGUCGGAUAGUGAUUCUCAUAUUGUCGUCAAAUGGUUCUUAAAUGACGAUCCAGAACCAAUAUACCAAUGGAUACCGGAAUUAAAAGCUCGUUAUGCAUCAUCCAGAAUAAAAGGACGUCUUAACUGGGAUUAUACAGUAUCACCGUCCAACACCUAUACAAAAUAUAGAGCACUCAACAUUAUUCGUCCUACGACUGAACUCAGUGGUAGAUAUUCCUGCCAUGUGAUAUCAUUAACAGAACAAGAUUCCGAGGACCAAGUCAUGAUUGUUUACGCUCCUCCAAAACAUUUUGAAUUUAAUUUUACAAGGCCAUCAAUUGAUUUAACAAAUUUUACUUGUGAAGCUGAAGGAGUUUAUCCACUCCCUCGUUUGUUAUUAUAUAGGAAUACAUUAAAUGACGUCGAUUCUCAAUUAAUAUCGGAUACCAAGAUCAUAUCGAGUAAGAAAAAUGGAGCAUAUACUGCCAAACUGUCACGAAUUAUUAGAGAUCGUGAAUUACGAAACGAUGCUCCUACUGAAUUCGAAUGUGUUCUACUUAUACCGGGAACAAAUUAUAAAAAUCAGAGAAAUAUUGUAUAUUAUCCAGGUAUGUAACGAAUUUAAACCAUUUAUUUUAUACUUAUUUACAUAAAUUACUUAAAUUAUGUGUAAGAAUCUUCUUUUUAAACUCCAUCUCCGCAAGAAUUAUGUUAUAA